AUGGCUACCUUCGCCGCCCUCUUCCUCAUCCUCUAUACUCUCUCCGUCGCCACAACCGUAGAACCCUCCCCCUCUCCAGAUCUAGUCCGUUCCUCAUGCCUACACGCCACCUUCCCGAAGGUCUGUGUCACCAGCCUCACCUUAUACAAAGGCCCCGUCACUACCCCACGGGAGCUAGCACAGGCCGCCAUCAAAGUCAGCAUCUCUCGAGCCUCCAAGGCGUCCGACUUUCUUUCCGGCCUGCAGAAGGAGGCGAACAAAAGGGAGAUAGGGGCGAUGAAGGACUGCGCUUCCCAGAUAUCGGAUUCCGUCGACGAUCUCAGGAAGACGCUCGGUGAACUGAAGCAGCUGAGAAGAGGGACAUUCAGGUGGCAGAUGAGCAAUGCCGAGACAUGGGUGAGUGCAGCAUUGACAAACGAAGAUACAUGUCUUGAUGGGUUCAAGGAGAUCGAAGGGAGGGUGAGAUCCGACGUCAAAAAGAAGAUAACAAAUGUGGCUAAAGUCACCAGUAAUGCACUGUAUCUCAUCAAUCGCCUCGAUCACCCCUGA